CGUCACGCGUCUCGCGUCACGUCGCGCCGUGCCGUGCGUGCCGGUGGUGCAGGCGGUGCAGGCGGUGCAGGCCGCAGCGGCGGGUCGGGGCCGCGGCGAUGCUGGAGGAGGCGGGCGAGGUGUUGGAGUCGGUGCUGAAGGCCUCGUGCCUGCCGCUCAGCUUCCUGCUCUUCGUCCCCGCCGUGCUGCUGCUCCUGGGUCCGCCGCCCGCCGCUGAGGCCGCCCACGAGUUCACGGUGUACCGCAUGCAGCAGUACGAGCUGGGCGGGCAGCCCUACGGCACCAGGAGUGCAGUGCUUAACACAGAAGCCCGCACUGUAGAAGCGGACGUCCUGAGCCGCCGCUGCGUCAUGAUGCGGCUGCUGGACUUCUCCUACGAGCAGUACCAGAAGGCUCUCCGCCAGUCAGCUGGUGCUGUGGUGAUCAUCCUGCCACGGUCCAUCUCUUCUGUCCCACAGGAUGUUGUAAAGCAAUUCAUGGAGAUAGAGCCAGAAAUGCUCGCUAUGGAAACCAUUGUGCCAGUCUACUUUGCAGUGGAAGAUGAUGAGCUGCUGUCCAUCUAUGAACAAACACGGGCUGCUUCUGCAUCACAGGGCUCUGCCUCGGCUGCAGAGGUUCUGCUUCACACUGCAACUGCCAAUGGCUUCCAGAUGGUGACCAGUGGGGCGCAGAGCAAAGCUAUCCACGACUGGCUUAUACCCAGCGUGGAGGGGAGGCUAACAGGGCUGGGUGGAGAAGACCUGCCCACUGUUGUGAUAGUUGCCCACUACGAUUCUUUUGGAGUGGCUCCAUGGCUGUCUCAUGGUGCUGAUUCCAAUGGCAGUGGUGUCUCAGUGUUACUGGAACUAGCCAGGCUGUUUUCUCGGCUCUACACCUACAGACGUACCCAUGCUGGGUAUAACUUACUGUUCUUUGCAUCUGGAGGUGGAAAGUUUAAUUAUCAAGGAACCAAGAGGUGGCUGGAGGACAAUUUGGACCACACUGAUUCCAGCCUGUUGCAAGACAAUGUAGCAUUUGUUCUCUGCCUUGACACUCUCGGCCAAGGCAAUAGCCUUCAUCUUCAUGUCUCAAAGCCUCCCAAGGAGGGGACCUUGCAGCACGCGUUUCUGAGAGAACUGGAAAUGGUUGUUGCCAGCCAGUUCCCAGAGGUGAAGUUUUCCAUGGUGCACAAGAAGAUAAACCUGGCUGAAGACAUGCUGGCAUGGGAGCACGAACGCUUUGCGAUCCGGCGCUUGCCAGCUUUCACCAUCUCCCAUCUGGAGAGCCAUCGGGACAGCCUGCGCAACAGCAUCAUGGAUAGGAGGUCACAAGUGGACACAAAGGCGCUGACCAGGAAUACCAGGAUCAUUGCUGAGGCUUUGACGAGGGUCAUCUACAACCUGACAGAGAAGGGAGCACCUGCAGAUCUGCAGAUCUUCACGGAUCAGAUGCAGAUCCAGGAGGAGCAGCUAGAAUCAGUGAUGGACUGGCUGAGCAGUCAGCCCAGGGCUGCUCAGCUGAUUGAUAAAGACAGCACCUUUCUCAGCACCUUAGAAUAUUAUAUGGGUCGCUACCUGAAAGAUGUCAAACAGCAUCACGUGAAGGCAGACAAACGGGAUCCUGAGUUUGUUUUCUAUGACCAGCUGAAGCAGGUGAUGAACGCAUACAGGGUCAAGCCAGCAAUCUUUGACCUGCUUCUGGCCGUCUGUAUAGCAGCCUACCUUGGUGUUGCCUACGUUGCAGUGCAGAACUUCGGUCUCCUUUACAGGAUGAUACAGAGAUUAUCCCUUAAAACCAAGCAGCAGUGAAGCGACAAGUCGUCCUGUGUACAGCAGCACUGAGCCAUCGGAGAGCAUGCUGUGUCUGUGGCUCCUUGUAAUAUCAGCAGGUGGCAUGGUACCGAGCACUCCUGAAAUAUCAUCCCUACGGGAAAACUUGCCUUUUUUUUUCUUUUUUUUUUUUUGAGUUCUUGUUUGAAAUAUGUCUCUCUGUAUGCAUGAAGUGUUUGUGACAGCCCUCUGCCGAAUGGAUUUAUAAUGACUUCAGAGAUUGGUUGCUUGUUCUAGAGCGGCUGGAAGAUGAGCUGGGGUUGUUUUCCACUGCGCUGGGACGUUGCACGUACUGCGUGCUGGAGGGUGCAGCUCUGGGCUUGGAGAUGCAGGGCGUGCACAGAACAGCACGUGUCUCUGAAUAUCUGGAGGCAGCACCAGAGGUCUCCAGCUGCACCCCAUCCUUUAUGUCUGUUACCCAUGGAUGGGGCAUUUUUCACUCCAUGUUACUUAAGCAGGCUUAAUGAAGCCCUAUUACAAAAUAGGAAAGUCAGAAUUAUCAGCAAUCCUUCUUCAGCUUCGCUUGGGGAACAUAAAAAUUGGCAAGAGUGAAAAGGACAGGCCCAAAGCAUUCCUCUAUGCAUUGGAGACUCUCAGCUUCCACUUUUCCAGCUCUGUCCUGGUCGAGGUUAUAGCAUUAAAGCAAACACUUCAGUUCCUCGUGGUCUCAACUGUAAAGCAAUGCUCCUGCUGCAGUGCUAGAAGCAGCUGGCUGAAAACAAGAUGAGUAAAGAUGAAGGAGGAAAGUUCAUACGUCCCCAGGGGCAGCUGGGAAUCGCGCAUUGUUCUGUGCACAGCCAUAAUUUGUCCGACCAUCUAAUUGGUCCAUCUAGCUGCCUGCCAUAGGAAGUCAUUUUUACUACAGAUAAGGGUUUAUGCUUCUGAUCAAAGUUUGUUUGUACUGAAACGUUAUAUAGUUAAAUUCCAACUUAGAGCUGGAACAGCGACCAUCCUGGGAGUGAGCUUAGUGCCAACGUUGCCACGUUUCCUAUGGGGAGACGAUAGGGCAGCAUGGAAAUAUCCCCUCCUGUUCUGCCACGGUUUGAAGUGACAAGUGAAUGGGUGCUGAUUCAUACUGCAGCACAUCUGAUGAAUCUCACUGCCAGCGUGACACGCAGCAGCAGCAACCCAGUGGCUGUUGUGCUAAAAUAAAGGUUCUCCGCUACGUUACAGAAGAGCUCUUGUAGCAGAUUCUCGUGCUCUUGUUUUGACCUGGACUUUAAUUGGGAAUUUGCCUGGCCUGGAAGGAAGGAGCAUGAAAAACACAUGCCCAUGUAUGUGCAAGAAGCCAGCAGUUGCACUUGUAGCCAAAAAAGCAGAACUUUGCCUGUUGUCCUGGUGCUGUCAGAGAUCACGGUGUGCAGAAAUCUGUGUUUCCAACACUGAUUGGACUCGUUCUGUCCAUUCCCCACCCCAAGCACUGGGGGUUACGUGGGAUUCGUUCAGGCUUUGUAGCUUAUCUCCCGAAUAAGAGAGGUUUACCCUUGUGAAAUAGCACUGCGGCCAGCUGGAAGGAGUCACUGCAAUCCGUUUCAACCUUUAAGACCCCACGUAGCCCCAAACUGCUGCGGGCCUUGGGUUUGGCUUUGGCUUUGUUUUAAACCACGCUCACAACACACAAACCAACAUAACGAGCUUCCAGCACCUCGAGGUCAGGCUGGAUUCGAUGUUUAGAGCCGUUCAGCCCUGAGUUAACGAUCUGGAGGGCUAAGAACGCUUCGGCCUCGCUGUGCUGUGUGUUCAUCUCUGGUUUGCUCCGUUCCCAUUUGUAGCCAUGGGCCAACGUGAUGUGGAACAGCUCAGGAAGAGGUGUUGAUUUAUCCGGUAUGGUUAACACAACUGUUCAAAUCCCAAAGAACAAACGUACGUCGAGGUGAAUGUUGAACAGCUGACAGCGAAGGCAAUGCAGUCGAUGAAUGUGCUAUUUUUUUUUAUUAUUUUUAUUUUUGUUUUCCCUGCUGAUGU